AUGAGCACCACCGGCCUUAGGAUCCCCAUCCUCCAGCUUAACUUUGCCAACGGCACCACGCCAGCCUGCAUCGAGGCUGUGUGCGGAUGGUCCAACACCACCGAAUGCGGCUUCGAACCCCGUGAAGUGGAGGCCAAGCUCAAGAAGGCCAUCGAUGCGAAGGCGUGUCCUUCUGAUCGAUCGUUUGUCAAGAUCGACGUGACCGGGAUGUACAAGCUCUUCGCCAACGGCAACUACUGCGGAACGUGCACCUUCAGUAGCGCCCCUUGCGCUUCUGCCGUCUGUGGCCUCCAGCGCACCGCAGUCAACGCGACGGACGGCAAGUCAACCUGCUUCUCCGACCCUGCUAUUGCGGAUGCCGCCGUCGCCGGGCAGUACUGGUUCGCAACCAACGCCACUGUGUGCAAGGACGAUAAGCCGGCGUGCAAGGGCUUUGACGACUACGUUAAGGCGGGCAGCCAGACCACGUCAGGCGCGGUCGUCAACAUCUCGACUUCUGCGCCGCUGGCCAUCCUCGCCAUUACUACUGGCCUCAUCGGGCUCCUCGGCGCCUGCGGCUUUUCCAUUGCCUAA